AUGGGGACUCAGAUAUGGGGCUGCCUCUGGUGGGGUGCACUGUUGUCCCUCCCUCUUGCCGUUGCCAGAGGCGUCAAGAUCACAGCCGAGGAGCCGCUCAUCAUGGCACCACAGAUGCAGCGACCUGAUCUCAAAUUUUUGCCCAGACUGUCCAAGGUCGCCUUUUCGCCAGGUAUAUUGGCAGCAAGGCGGCUGCAGCAAUCUGGCAAUCCACUGUGCACUUGGGGAGAUUCUUGCAAGGCUCGGUACUUUUCCAACGCACCUGAUGCUGAGGUCUCGAUGUUCGGCAAGGACACUGAGAUGUGUGUGAAGAUCUCCUCCAAGGACGACUGCUUGGACGUUCUGCAGUGCAAUUGGUAUGAAGCGCCCGGGGAAGAGGAUGGAAUCUGUGCACUGGAUUUUUUUCACACGAUUCAAGGCUGCCUUCAGCCUGACUUCAUGGUUGUAUUUUUUGGUCACCAAUGUGCAACGAUUUUCCGCGAAGACAGGUGUCGCCCCUUGCCGGGAUGCCAAUGGAACGACACAGAUGCCAAGUGUCAAAUGGACCAAGCAGCGGUAGCUGAGGCGAUCGGGUCCAACUCCGCACUUGCAUCAACCUCAGCACAGAACGAGGAAUGCCAGCAAUCCAGCCCAUGCCUCUCACCAUGCUGGGAAGACGAAUCAGGGGCUUGCGUUAGUCCUCAGGUUUGGAACAUCUCAGCCUGGUUUUCGCCAACGGCGACGUCGACAUACUGCCAAUACCUAAAGUUGAACCUAGGCUGUUCCUUCGCUUCUCCAGUUUCGACGUGCUCAGGGGCAUGCGGGAUUGACGAGGAAGGAGUUUGCAGUUUGUCGGAUGUCUCAACCAUCGAAUUUCUGUACUCGUCAUCGGAGGCGGAGAGAACCAAGUGGCUGGGCGCCCUGGAGGCUUGUUCCGCCAUCAAAGACCCGGGCGAAUGCGGGUCCUUCGCAGGUGGCAAAUGA